GGGAACAUCAGCGCGACGUCCAAGUCGCCGCUCCGCGAUGGGGGAGGGGACCGCAGGGCCAGGACCCAGGUCCUUGGAGACGCGAGACCAAAGAACCCCGGGAGGUCCGGUUUGGGGCGGUAGGAGGACUGAACCAAGACUUACCCGAAGUUGCCGCGGGGCCUUCCGAUCCCCUAGGCCAUUGCCCAAGUCUGGCCAGGCUGAUGGGACAAGCGAGGAGUCUCUGCACCUUGACAUUCAGAAACUGAAGGAGAAGAGGGACAUGCUGGACAAAGAGAUCUCCCAGUUCGUAUCUGAAGGCUACAGUGUGGAUGAACUGGAGGACCACAUUACCCAGCUUCACGAGUAUAAUGACAUCAAGGAUGUGGGGCAGAUGCUGAUGGGCAAACUAGGAGAAAGGACCAGUCUUUGUGGAGAACAGAGGAGGAAUAGCAUCAUGGAGGCUGCAGAGGGGCAAACUCGAGCAGUGGGCCAUACUGAGGAGUCUGGAAUGUUCAGCAGGCACAGCAUCCAAUCAGCUUACAUUUGAAGCAGAUGAAUCCAGCAGCUCUGUGUGGAGAAUGGAAUCGAGGAAGCUCUGUUUCAUUCCUCUGCAAAAUGGGGUGAGGGUCCAAGGAGUCCUUGUAGGUCCAUUGUUGAAUACAGUGGCUGGCACAUGGCAGAGCUCCAGCGUGGCCAGGCGGGGCCCGUGGGGGACAGCCUGGAAGGAGUAGCAGGGAGCUUACCUCGGCCAGUUAGGCAAGGCACAAGUGUGGGGACUGGCUUGAAGCCAGAGGUGGUCCUGGGUGGGUCAGGGCAGUGACACUGGCUCGGGGCAUUGGCUGUACUCCCUCCCACCUCUCCCCACUGCACAUUCAGCCUGCC